CGAGUGGAGAGGCAGCUUCAGCUCUACAUGUAAAGUUGAAAUUUAUUGACACCAUGGCCUCAUCUGGUGAUGAUACCUUAGAGACUGCAGCCCUGGGAAGACCAUUCCAGCUUGGCACACUGUAUGACUGCCGGAAGGAUGUUCUUGUUCCAGGUGUAACUCUGUGGGAUCCAGAUCAGCUACAAAAGAAUACAAGUGUACAACAUCAACAUAACACUGAAUUCAAUGUCACCGCAUCAGAUUCCAUUGAGGAGAAGUCAAAUUUAUUAAACAUCUCUGGCUCUCUGAAGUUGAGUCUCUUGGGAGGACUGGUGAAUGUGGGAGGAUCGGCAAAAUAUUUCCAAGACACAAAGAAAUCUCACAAACAAGCCAGGAUGACUCUUCAGUACAAAACGACAACAAAGUUUGAAACAUUAACGAUGUCUCACCUGGCUCAUGGACAGGUAUCUCAUCCCAAUGUGUUUGAGGAUGACACUGCCACUCAUGUUGUCACAGCCAUCUUGUACGGAGCUGGUGCUUACUUUGUGUUUGACAGAGAAUCAUCAUCAGAGGACGAUAAGAAACAAGUGGAGGGGGAGGCGAAUCUCACCUUCAAUAAGCUGAAAUUCCUCACAGCAAGUGGUGAGGGAUCACUCAACAUGAAUGAACAAGAGAAAGCAGCAGUUGAAAGAUUUAGCUGCACAUUUCAUGGAGACUUCAAGUUACCUUCCAACCCAACGUCCUUCAACGAGGCUGUGAGUGUUUACAGAAACCUUCCCAACAUGCUGGGAGAGAAUGGAGAACAUGCUGUUCCACUCAGGGUGUGGCUCUACCCUCUGGUGAGGUUGAAUUCAAGAGCAGCAAGACUCCAAAGAGACAUCAGCAAUUCUCUCAUCACAUACUCAUCAGAAACAAUCGAGAGUCUAAAUCAGACAGAGAUGAGAUGCAGUGACAUACUCAAAGAUGCCGCAGCAACAACAUUUCCUGCCGUGGAAAAGAAGGUUCAGGAUUUGAUGCAGAUGUGCAAACGGUACAAGCUUGACUUCAUGCAGAAGCUCGGUAAAGUGCUUCCUUCAAUCCGAGGGGGUGGGAAAGAGGAGAGUGCCCUGGCGGACAUCCUUAAGGCUCAUGAGAAGUCACCAUUCAAUAACAAAGACCUGGAGCAGUGGCUAAAAACCAAGGGGAGGGAAUCAGAUACACUGAAGUCCUUCCUUGAACAACUAGAGAAACUAGGUAUAAAAAUGGACAACAAUUUGGAUGACCUCUUGUCUGAUUUAAAUGUCAGAAAUAUUGUGUGCUUUUCCUUUACCUCAGUAGACCAGCCUGACAGUUUCUUGGUCAAACUGUCAAAUCAUCUCAGACCAGCAGGAAUGAUGGACACUGCUGGAGAAUCCUCUGAUCUACAGAGCAGAAACACAGAGUGGCUCUCCACUGAUACCAGACAGAUAAUGAGGAAACAACUACAAUUGUUUGAAGAACUGAAGAAGUUGAGCAGCAGUGCUGACACCAAAUUCAUAUUUGCAUCAAAAUAUGAUGGAAGUCAUCCUGGGGCAUGUAUUUUCAUAUAUGAAGAAGGGUCUGACGAUGCAGUCUGCUUUGUUCCUCCAUCAAAACCUGCCACCCCAACAGCUACUGCUGUGUCACAUGACAGCGUAACAGUUACAGUGUCUGAACCAGACUCUGCCACUGUAGAAACCAGAGUAGAAUACAGAAUCAGACAGAGACAGGACACACAGUGGGCAUCUCAACCACUGAAGAAGAACCAAGACGCAGUAACUCUGUCAAGACUCAGGCCAGACACUAAGUAUGAGAUCAGAGCCACAGCUGUGGGCAAACUCAGCUACGCUGUCAGCAGCGAUGUCUGCAGUGCUGUAACCCCCACAGCGGCUGGUCCACCAACUCAGGUGAAAGACACCAAAGUGGAAGCAAAUUCUAUCACUCUGACAUGGAGCGUCCCGUCUGUCCAAAAGUGUGAAUCGGUUAAAAGAUACAUCAUUGAGUUCAAGAAGGAAAACAGCAAUGAAUGGCAGAGCAAAGACACCGGGAAGGAGGUGUACACCUUCACUCUGACAGGCCUGAAACAGGAUACGGUCUACUCCAUCAGGAUGCGCACAGAUGUUGGUGUCGGAGUCAGUCUGCCCAGUGAGGAAUUCAAGAUUAAAACUAAGAAAAAAACACUGGAUGAAAAGGAGUUCACUGUGAUCCCAGGUGAUCCACCAGUCUACCUACUUAAUCUGGAACAGGCAGGAGUUCGUCAGUUCAACAAAAAGGUUUUUGGAAAGGCACCAACCAAAAACCCAGCAAACAAAACCAUCAUGGUUGUUGGAGCCACUGGAUCCGGCAAGACCACCCUCAUCAACGGCAUGAUCAACUACAUCCUAGGAGUCGACUGGAAGGACAGCUAUAGAUUUAAACUGAUAAAUGAAGAAGUUCAGAAAACACAAGCGUGCAGUCAGACCUCUGAGGUGACAGCCUAUCAGAUUUACCACACAGACGGUUUCCAAGUUCCUUACUCCCUCACAAUCAUCGACACUCCAGGGUUUGGGGACACGAGAGGAAUCAAACAAGACGAAAAAAUCAAAGAAAAAAUCAGAGAGUUUUUCUCCGUCGAGGGUGGAAUUGACAGCAUUGACGCAGUGUGCUUCGUAGUGCAGUCUGCUUUAGCUCGUCUGACAGAAACACAGAAAUAUAUCUUUGGUGCCAUCCUCUCCAUAUUCGGGAGGGACAUUGCCAGCAACAUCGUUGCUCUGGUCACCUUUGCUGAUGGCAAAUCACCCCCAGUCCUGGAGGCGAUCAAAGCUGCAAAGAUUCCAUGUGCCACAAACCCAGAUGGAUCUAUUCUCCAUUUUAAAUUCAACAACUCUGUGCUUUUUGCCAAAAAUACAGGAGCCAACACUGAUGAGGAAAACUUUGAUCACAUGUUCUGGAAAAUGGGGGAAAUCAGCAUGAAGACAUUCUUCAAUUAUCUAAGCAGCAUGGAAACCCAGAGUCUGACCCUGACAAAGGAGGUUCUCCGAGAACGCAAACAGCUUGAGGCGACUGUUGAGGGGGUGCAACCAAUGAUACAAAAAGGUUUGUCUAAACUGGAGGAAAUAAACAACACAAAAGCUGCACUACAAAACCACAAGACCCACAUGAAAGAGAAUGAGGACUUUGAAUAUGAAGUAGAGGAUGAAAAAUCUGAGAGGAUUAAUAUUCCUCCAGGAAAAUUCAUCACCAACUGCUAUGGGUGCAACUAUACCUGCCAUUAUCCUUGUUACAUACCAAAAGAUGAGGAUAAAAGUGGGUGCGCUGCAAUGAAAAAUGGAAACUGCACAGUGUGUACAGGAAAAUGUGUGUGGAGUGACCAUGCCAACAUGACGUACCGAUGGGAUAUAAAACGUGUAACAGAGAAGAGGACAUAUCAGGAACUGAAGAAUAAAUAUGAGGCAGCGCUGGGAAAGAAGAUGAACUCAGAGAAAAUCAUUAAACAACUGGAAGUAGAAUAUGAGCAGGUGUACUUGCAAGUUACAAAAAUGAUGGAAACGUUAACUAAAAGCCUGCAGCGUCUGAGAGAGAUUGCACUACGUCCAGAUCCUUUGUCCACUCCAGAUUACAUUGAUCUGCUGAUACAAACAGAGGAACAUGAGGCCAGACCUGGAUUCAAGCAGCGUAUUAAAGAGUUACGGAGUGUAAGAGAACGGGCAGUGCUUUUGACGAAGUUGAACAAGGGAGAGUACCUCACCGGAAAAGAAAAGUCGACAUGGGAGAAGAUGACGUCCACUGUCAAGGGAAUAUUCAACAAUCCACGCAGUUGGUUUCAAUAAUUGAAGUGCCCUCUGCACAGAGCACGUGAAACUAUCAACAGUAUACAGAGUUCAUCAGUACGGAAGCCGUGAUAAAGGAAAAUAUAUCAAUAUACAUUAUUAUAAUAUUAUUAUUAGGAAUAAUAUUCAGUAGCAUCACUCUUAUUCACUGUAGUGUCACAAAAAUCAAUCCAACCACUAGGGCUCUCCUACAAGAUUGUAUUAUAAUUAUUAUAAUUAGGAAAAAGCACAUUACUCCACAUUAAGUGUUGUAGUAUAACCAUCAGGAGAGCAUUUUCAGUAUUGCACUUUGUCGAAGUAAGAGUAGUAAGCAGUCAUUCUCUAUGAACAACCCUGUUAGCGAUGCUUGCUAAUAAGAGAAGUCUCAAAGUGCUUUAAUCAUUAUAAGUUUCAUCACAUGACCAUUUUAUUUUCACUUGGAUUUAUGUGUUAAUAUGAAGAUAAGAUAAAUAUAAAAUUAAUAUAAACAGAAAUGAAACAUUACCAGUUAAGAACCUGUCUGUAACAUGAGAGGCGGCUCAUCAUCACUUCAUUUAACCAAGCUAUUCUUCAAAUCAGAACAUAAUCAUUAUAUGGUUGUAAUUGUGCUUUUGUUAAAUCAUAUUUCAAUCCUGUAAUCAAUAUUUCACAGCUUUUAUUAAUAAUACUUGUUUUUAAAGUUUUGCUCUAAUUGUACAUUGUUUUUUCUGUUUUAAUUUUCAUUUCAUGGAAGUUGUGUUCGUUUAAAUGACAUUUUAAAACAGAAUUAGAGCAGCUUCUGUUGAACCUGAGUGUUUGUUUAAAUCAAUUCUUUGUGGGGUUUUGCUUUAAUUUCAUAAUUCAAUUUUAAAGAGAGAGUCUAAGUGACUAAUAAUAUUUUUUGGGUGUUUUUUUUAUUUUUUUAUUGUCUUUUACUUUGUGUAAACAUUCACACACACAGAGAGAGAUUAGUGUUGAGAUAUAACUCUGUGACUUGCACUGCUGGACUUAAUGUAAUCAUAUGAUUUCUGCUGAAUAAAAAUGACUAACCUCA